AUCAACUUUCCCAUCUCAUAUUACGCAGUUUGCCAAACCAUCUCCCCACCUUGGGGCCUUAAAUUUCCCAAAAUACCCUUCCCUCCAUUUUUUCUCUCUCCUCACCUUCAAGCUUUCAUCAAUGGCGGCAUCCUCAAAAUCUCGCUCAAAUGCUCCAGUUCUUCUCCCUGUUACUUUCUCCGGCUUCCAACGCUCACUUUCACCUCCUCGUAAAUAUUCUCACUCCACAAAUUCCAUGUCUCAUCCGUCAGAUCCUUUUUCUAUUUCAUCACUACCAUCCAGUUUCGCAUCCUCUUCGUCAUCUUCUCUGUCCUCCUCCCUCCUCUUCCACCGUCCCUCGUCUCCAACCAGAGUUAAUCUCUCUCCUACUACCCCUGCUCCGUUUCGCAUCUCCCUCAGCCGAUCACACUCCCCUAACUCCCGCGUUUCGGUACGCGAUCACGUCGUUUCGAAACCGGCGAGUAUAAAGCGGACGUGUAUGUGCUCUCCUACCAGUCAUCCUGGCUCGUUUCGUUGCUCGAUGCACAGAAACGCUUCACGAGAUUCUCACUCGGCCUCGUGCUCGCCUGGUCGACUUAACCUCCGGCGAUCUGCAAUGACGAACUCGCUCGUGCGAAUAGGUACCGUUGAAGGAGAUUGGGUGAAACGUGCUCUGACGGCUCUGAUUCGUCCAUCAUCUCAUCAACAGAAAAGGCGAUUCGAUUUUCAGCAUCGACAUAGUCGUCUCUCUAUCAUGUCGAAAUCUGGCGAUAAUGAUCAUCAUUGAUUUGUUUCAUUGUACAAGGUGGGUUGAAAUUUGAAAUUGAGUUUUUCCGCCAUUUUUGGCGAGUUUCUGUCUCGAUUUCGCAACGAUCUGCUGGUGAAGGGUGAUUAUGGUGAAUCUGAGAUUCUGGACAAACUCUGGAGAUAUUUGGUUUGAAUGUCUGAAUUUGAUGAGGAACAAUUUGGACAUUGUAGUUUGUACAUAACUUAGUGGACAAAAAAAGGAGAAAAAAAAUCUAUAGAGAUUUUAAAUCUAAUUAAUCAAUAUUAAGCAUUAAUUAGAUUUAAUAUUAGUAGAAUUUUCUGUUUUAGAACAAUUUUGUGGAGUUUGAUUUGUUGCUGCUGUUGUUGUUGUUGUUGUUGUUGUUGUUGAAUUUGAAUCAAUCUUUUCGUUUGUGUU